AUGUACCGAACACUCAUCAGGAUGGCGCCCAAGCCAAACGUCACCGGCUUCGACCCACAGAAGUUCGCAGCAGCGGCAGGACAACCGAAGAAUGACCCAUGGGCACGAGCUGAGGCAUGGAGAUAUACUGGCCCUUUCACACGAUGGAACCGCUUCAAGGGCUCUUUCCCGGGACUCGGCAUUGCGACAGUGGCAUUCGCCGGCUACCUUGUAUACGAACAAGUCUUCCUUGGCGGCGAUGUACACCACGCGACUUCAGUGGAUGAAGUCAAGACGAGCUAG